CAGAAAACAAAACCAUAACAUAACCUCAUAUCUUGAAGUUGUAGCUCUGUGGUUGUAGCGUAGCUCUACAAUUCCAGGAGCACGUGUGUAAGAUUUAGAAGUAAAAUGUUUUGAAGUAUUGAUUAUUCAUUAUGUGAUAAGACUAUAAUUUUUCUUCAUUUUUUUUUUUUUUGGCCGUUUUUAUUUGUUAAUAUCAGGGCUCAACAUGUUAGAUCACCCUACAUUGAAGAACUUGAUUAGUUCUAAUUAUGCAAAAGCACCUAAAGUUCAGAAUUCUUUUCUUGCAUCGUUGGGGAAACCUCAUCUUGAUUCUUUCAAUUACAUGCUUCAUGAAGGACUAGCUGCAGCUGUUGAAAAUAUUAAACCUCUGGAUUUUCAAGUCGGCAGUAAUAAGCUUUUUAUUAAAAUAAAGACUAUAAAAAUUUCGCCGUCAGUUGUUCCGGCCGGAGUGGGGACGAAAUAUCCGCGCAUUCUGCCGAGUGAGUGCCGGCAGAGGGGAGCCACCUACAAUGGACCAUGUCACGUGGUUCUCGAGUGGUCAGUCAACGGCGUCAGACAACCGCCACUCAAUCAAGAUUUGGGCAGAGUGCCUAUUAUGCUCAAGUCGGAGCUGUGCCAUCUGUCUAAAUUGAGCCCCGCAGAGCUGGUCGAGCACAACGAACAUGAAGACGAGUGGGGCGGAUACUUUGUGGUCAAAGGAUCAGAGAAACUCAUUCGUAUGCUGCUCAUGACCAAGAGGAAUUAUCCGAUCGCAGUCAAAAGAAAUUCGUGGAAAGGCAGAGGUCCAUUAUUCUCCGACAUGGGAAUAUUGAUUCGAUGUGUGAGAAAUGAUCAGUUAUCAUCGAAUAACGUUCUGCAUUUCGUUACGGACGGCAGUGCAAAGCUUAUGAUUGCAUUCAGGCGCACUCUGUUCUACAUACCAGUCCUUCUCAUCAUCAAAGCGUUGGUCAAUAAGUCCGAUGAGCAUAUCUUCAAGUGCAUUGUUUCUGGAUAUGAUGACGACUUCUAUUUCAAAGGAUGCAUCUUGAGCAUGCUUCGUUCACUGCAUGAGAUGAACAUUUUCUGCCAAGCUGAUGCGCGUAACUAUAUUGGAAAGACUUUCAGAUCAAAGUUGCCUGACAUAGCUAGAGAAGCCUCUUCUGAUGAACAAAUUUGUGAUUACAUACUAGAAAACAGUGUCUGUAUACAUCUGAAAGACAACAAUGAUAAAUUCAAUUGUCUAUCAUUGAUGAUAAAGAAGUUAUACAGCUUUGUUCAGCAGAAAUGUAUAAACGAAGGUGUUGAUUCAAUUAUGACACAAGAACUACUCCUGGGAGGACAUUUGUAUUUACAGGUUCUUGCUGACAGGAUGAGGAUAUGGAUGGCUGUAUUGAAGGCUAAUAUAAUUAAGAAAUUUGAUGGAUCACUUGCCAAAUUCGGGAUAGCUCACCUUCAAGCCGCAAUAAAAACGUGUGGAACAAUCGAAGCCACAAUGGAGUCUUUCUUGAGCACUGGGAAUGUGUCAAAUGCUUCACAGAUCGGUGUACCUCAGGAUAAAGGACUGGUUAUAAUAGCAGAAAACAUCAACCGAAUGCGAUACAUGUCGCACUUCAAGGCGGUGCACAGAGGCUCGUUCUUCCAAGAGAUGCGAACGACGGAGGUGAGACAGCUGCUGCCUGAUGCAUGGGGCUUCAUCUGCCCAGUGCACACGCCUGACGGCGCACCCUGUGGCCUACUCAACCAUCUCACCAAGGCCUGUCAGGUUACAACGACCCCUGACGAGAAACUUGUAGAAAAACUGCCUGAAGUGCUGGCAGUUCUAGGCAUGCAGCCAUUGGAGCAAUCUGCUGGAGUUCCACCAAAUUCUUGCUAUCCUGUUGUUUUGGAUGGUAAAGUAAUUGGUUAUUUACCUUUCGCAUCUGCUGACAGAUUUGUCCAAAAGUUGCGGUUUUUGAAAAUUUUUGGAGAAAAGGUCCCUUCUACACUGGAAAUAGCACUGCUACCGAAUAAAGAGAUAGUGUGUCAGUUCCCGGGAUUGUUCUUAUUCACAGGGCCAGCUCGAUUGAUGCGACCUGUCUAUAAUUUGGAAGCCAAGCAAAUCGAGUUGAUAGGAACGCUGGAACAAGUCUACCUUGAUAUCAGUGUGAUACCAGAAGAAAAUGUUCCUAAUGUUACCACACAUCAAGAACUAUCAAAGGAUAACUUUCUAAGUAACUUGGCUUGUCUAAUACCAAUGCCAGACUGCAAUCAGAGUCCACGAAACAUGUACCAGUGUCAGAUGGGCAAACAAACGAUGGGAACCGCAUGUCACACGUGGCAUCUGCAAGCAGAGACCAAACUGUAUCGGCUGCAGACUCCGGCCACGCCCCUAUUUAGACCUCUGCACUACGACAACAUCAACCUCGACAACUAUCCAAUGGGAACCAACGCCAUUGUAGCCGUCAUCUCUUACACUGGCUAUGAUAUGGAAGACGCAAUGAUAAUAAAUAAAGCAUCUUUGGAAAGAGGAUUUGCUCAUGGUUCAAUUUUAAAGACAGAAUUUGUCGAAUUGAAAAAUUCAAAAUCGUAUUUUGGACUUGAUCCUGCAAAUCCGGAACUUCGUACAUUUUUAGGUGAUGACGGCCUUCCAUAUCCAGGUUCAAAACUCACAGAUGGAACCCCCUAUUAUUGCUACUAUGAUGAAGAUACCCAGAACUAUGUCACGGGAAAACACCAUGGAUCUUAUGAAGUAAUAAUCGACAAUGUAAGAAUGUUUGAUCCUUUGGGCCAGAAGAAAUCGGUCUAUCCAAGAGCAUGUAUUACUCUCAGAAUACCACGUAAUCCUUCAGUCGGUGACAAAUUCGCCAGUCGAGCAGGUCAGAAGGGAAUUUGCAGCUACAAAUGGCAGGCUGCCGAUCUUCCUUUCACAGAGAGUGGAUUGGUACCAGACAUUGUUUUCAAUCCUCAUGGUUUCCCGUCCCGUAUGACAAUUGCUAUGAUGAUCGAAUGUAUGGCAGGGAAGUCAGCAGCCCUCCAUGGACUCGUACACGAUGCAUCGCCUUUCAAGUUCAAUGAACAAAAUACAGCGAUCGAUUACUUUGGAAAGAUGUUACAAGCUGGAGGAUACAAUUAUUACGGAACUGAAAGAAUGUACAGUGGUAUCGACGGUCGUGAAAUGACCGCAGACAUAUUUUUUGGAAUCGUCCAUUACCAACGUCUAAGGCACAUGGUGUCUGACAAGUGGCAGGUGCGCAGUACAGGACCAAUCGAUGUGAUAACAAAACAACCAGUGAAGGGUCGAAGAAGAGGUGGUGGCGUGCGAUUUGGGGAGAUGGAGCGGGAUGCCCUGCUCGCGCAUGGAGCUUGCUUCCUCCUCCACGAUCGACUAUUCAACUGCUCUGACAAAUCUUCUACAUUGAUUUGCCAAACAUGCGGAAAUAUUCUCAGUCCAUCAGUGGUAGUGGCAGAAGUUAACAAUUCUAAGAAGAACCAAGGAAAGACUGACAGUAAAUCUGCAAAAUGUAAGAUUUGUCAAGAGAAAGGGAAAAUCUCUAUUAUGGAAAUACCUUACGUAUUCAAAUAUCUAACAGCUCAAUUAGCAUCUGUCAACAUAAACGUCAAAUUAAAAAUUACAGAUGCAGAAUAAACGUUUCACUUUGUCAUAGGAUAGGCAAUUUUUUUUAUCUAAAAGUGAUUUUAAACGUGAAAUUUACAGACGCCGAAUAAAUGUUUCCAUUGUUAUAAGGAUAAGCAAACGUUUCAUACUAUAGAAAAUCCAGUUAUUCAGAUACAUCAUAGUUCCUUUGUAUUCUAUAAUAGAAUAGCACACUUUAUAACAUACUUACUAGUAAGUAUGAACUGAAAUUCCCUAUCAAUGUAUUAUUCCUUAAAUUAGUGUUGAAUUAUUGCAAAAUUAUUUUUCAUAAAUUAAGAUGUUUCUAUAAUUAUUGUUGCUGAAACUUGCUGUUCUUUAUUUCAGUGAAAUAAACAUUGUUGACUGUGGA